GCCGUAAGCAUGACGGCGCUGAAACCUUAAGAAGUCAAUUCGUGGUUCUAUGCUCUGUUCGUUCUGCUGAAUUUUGAUUUAGUGCACAGAAAAUGCCACGGAGUGGAGGAGGCGGCCGGAAGCUUAGGAGCGGGAAGGAAAUAGAUCGACUGGAGAAGAAGACUGAGCAGGAAUUAAAGAAACUAGGUCUAUUUGAAGAGGGAAUGACCGCAGAGGAACAGAAACGUCUGCUGAAAGUUGUCAAGGAGUCCAAAGAGGUUUUUGCAAUGGAAGAGGCAGCUCGGAAAUUCGCAGAGGAGUUUGCACUUCCUGGACCCUCAGGUGAAGCAGUUGCAGGGGGAGGCCAACAGGUUGAGACAGAUAAAGACCAAUCGAUUGAGGACAAGUCAGAGUCAGAAGAUCUCAUGGCUCAUUCCAUCCUUUCACCAUCAUUCCCAAGCAGUUCAGAGGAAAUGGAUCUACAAAUGAAGCAAACCAUUCAAGUUGUCUUGAAUCGCCUGGAGUCACCAGUCACCAGCCCCUCCAAGAAGCAAGCCAGUCCUCAAAAGUCAUCUAGUCCCCAAAAAGAAAAAUCCCCCCCUUUGGAUCCAAGGCCCAGUACUUCAAAAGAUGGAAAUCCAGAGACUGAUGAAUCCAGCCCCAGUCAUGCCAAGGCAAAAGGUACAAGGGCAAGAAGGCGAGCUGCCCUUUAUACUCCUCUAACGUUGGCUUCACCACAAAGCCCUGGUCAGAGGAAAUCCAGAAGAUUGUUAGGUCCAAGAAAGUCAGAUGUUCCCAUGGAUAGUGUCCAGAAAGAAUCAGAAGAUGAACAGAAAGGGGAGACUCCUGUUCCUCCACAUCAUAUCAUGGAAUCACAAAUCUCUGGGUUUUCUGAUAGUGAGCCUCUCCUCAAACGCAUCAAGCGAGUCAAUGUUGAGCUCAAGCGAGUCAAUACAGACCUGGGAAGCCAAAAGACCUGUCCUAAGUCUGCUAGGCUUAAGCGCAAUUCUCAUGAUGCCUCGUCUGCAACUGAUGAUGACAAUGAUAAACCUGUAUGGGUAUGUGAUGUGAAAUGUUCUAAGAGAUCCAAUAGAUCCAUUGAUAUGCUUGAGACUGAUAACCAGGAAGUUUAUGAUGAAACAGUUGAAAUGGAAGCUCAAGCAUCAUCUCUGAAAGAGACAGAGGAAGCUGAGACAGAAGAAGCCCAUAUAUCUUCAUCUUACAGAGAAAAGGACUCAGCCAGCUCAGAGGAAAUGAGUGAAGUAUCUGAAGCAUUUAAUGCUAGUGGUAGUGAGGAAUUUCUUCCUCCUUCCACUGCAGAACUCUCAGUGAAGAAACUUGACAAUUUUGGAGCCUACAUUUCUAGUGUUACAAAAAGGUUCACAGGUCUCCCAUUGCCUCCAAUGUUUGCCAAUGAUUACCUAGACUUUAUUGAGGGCAGACGUGAUCUGACAGUGGAGGAAGCACAGAAAAUCAUCGAGGAACAUCACCAGCAUUUGUCUAAGGUGGAAGGCAACAAGAUGGAAAUGGUACCUUGGAACGUUCAGGCAUUUAGAAGAGCCAUGGAAGAAAAUGAUGACCACAACAAAAAGAAGAGGAAGUUCAAAGAAGCUAUGAAGCAAUGGGGGCGCCUGGUGAUGCGAGCUGAAGAAAUUCUAUUUAUUCCACCAGAGACCACCACAUUUGUUGAUAUCAUGAAGAGGGAUGAAUUUGAUAUGAAUGAGGUUGAUGAUUUCCAGCAUCCUUAUGAGGAACGGGACUUGCGUCACCAAGGACGAAAAUUGGCUAGGGAAAAAGGUGGGAUAUCGGACAUGGAGGAGAAUUCAUCUGACAUUGAUUGGGCUCCAGAAAGGACAAUGCAGACUAAACAAACAAAAAAAGUAAAAGGGUGUGGUCAGGCCAAGAAACUUAUAAAGAUUCCUAAGAAGGAGGUAAGACAGCACAAUCUGUUGGAAGAUGAUGACUCGUGCAAGAUCCGGGGUGAAAGGGAUGGAUCUCCUGACCUAUUUGACAUACGUCCAAAGGAGACUCGUGUUUCCAAAAGAGGAAAAGCCAGACAAGGAACUAAGAGCCAGUCAGAAGAAAUAAACAGUGAAGAUUUCUGCUGCCCAGGAUGUGGAACUAUGUUGCUGACAGACCAAGUUGAGGCUGAUGCUGCCAAAGCUGAGGCAGAACUCAAAGUAGUCUAUGCCGGUUAA